AUGCCUCAGUGGCAGCCAAGGCUGGUGAGCAUUCACUUAAUGACAAGUUGGAAGAGGGGUAUUGGAACAGAGUUAGUGCAGUGCUAGAAGUGAGUCGGGAACAUGAGAUACCCCAAUGAUGUCAGCACUGGGCUCCGAUCGCUGUGAUGAUUUGGGUGCCUUCUGGGGACUUGACACUCCAGAAGACUGAGGGGUUCUGGAUCUGAGAGUCCUUACUUGGCUGUGCAUUUUGUGUGUCUGAAGAGGGACAGCUAUGGUCUCCUAGCAUUAAUGCUCUCGCUCCAUCAGCUUGUAAAGCAUGAAUGGCUUAGGAAUGGCACAAUGCAGCAGUUGAGCUUUUCCUAUUGUUUAGUGUUAAAGUUCGUGUGUGUUACAGCUUAUGGAAGUACGGAACUACAUUUCUAUUAAGCUGGAGUAAUUAACAUUUUUAAUGGUAUGGGGCCAGUGUAUCAUGCUGUCCAGAAUUGCCCCCCACCCUGUUGUAAAGCUGCUUAGAGAGUUGGGAAUUUGGAGUGGAGAAGCAAUACCCAUGACUUGCCACAACUUCUUAGAUAUUGAAGUUUGUGUUGGGGGUCACCAGCAUGGUGUCCUCCACAUGCUGGGCUCCUGUUAGCCCUCACCAGCAUAGCAAAUGGCCAGGGAGGGUGGAAACUGCAGUCCCAGCAAUAGUGUGGAGUACCAUGUUAGCUACUCCUGAAAUUGAGAUGGACCUAAUUUCUUUACAUAUUCUCUCUUUUUAAAAGAACUGAAGGGAAAAUGUGCUUGCAGGCAUGAAAUCCAAUAUGUGUAGUGAGUGAUCUGUGAAACUGAAACUAGGCUACACCUUGUGGAUAGUGUGCAAAAAAGUCUUGCCAACAUGGUUUGUUUGCUUUCUUCCUCCAGGUAUGGGAACACCUGAGCUCUGCUCUUGCAGACGGGAAGAUGCAACUGGUUCCAUGCCCUAACGGCUCACAGGUAGAACUGGGCAGGAAAGGCAGAGGAAAGAUUAUCUGGGCAUUGAAAAACACAGUGGUUGAUCCUUAAGGGUCAUGCCAAGGUUGUGUUGACAGGGGUCAAUCCUCCCAUUUAUUUUAAGAGGCAGGAAAAAAGUUGUACUUCACUGUGUGUGCUUCGUAGCACUUAGGCAUGUAUCAGGGAGCGUCUUUUUUAAAAUUAACAGCCUUUAAAUUUGGAAGUAAAUGCUCUUACUUGAUUUGUAUUCCAUGGGGCCAAAAGGCUUAAAGUCUGCUGGGGCUGGGCUGGGGGAAUAACUAAAGUUCCUGAACAAACUUUUACAGGAAUAGUCCCAUUAUUCCAGAAGAACAUUACACUAUCUCUGACCGAGGUACAGGGCCCUUCAAGAUUCAGUCAGCAGCCUUUUAAAAGCACCAUCAUAUCCUGUUUGGGCUUUCCCUAGGCACUGCGUUGCUAAUUCAUGUAGCAUAUUUCUUCCCGCCCAGCCUCAGCCAAGCUCGAUGCGUGCAGCAAAAACCGAAAUGGAUGGGUUUCUCCCACAAUAUUGA